AUGGCCUCCCGCCCACCCCAUCACAACAUGUACGCCCAUCCCCAACAAAUCCCCCCGCAGCAAAUACGUCAACAGCACGUGCCCCCACAACCUCAUGUGUCGCGGCCAUCACGUCCAUCACGUCCCGAGCUCGUCACAUCACAGCACAUGGUUUCUGCACGCCAGAUCCAGUCACAUCAAGCAGUGCAGCAGCAUCAGAAACCCACGGUGCCGCAGCAUGCUCAACAAUACAUGGAUGUACAUCAGAUGAAUCAGGAUGCUCAGCAUCAGCAAUUGCAGCAGCAGUAUCACGGAGCUCGAAUGCAAAACCCCCAGGCGCAGUUGACGCAAAUGCCUUCUUCGAACUCGCCAUAUCCCUUAGCAACAUCUAAGACCGAUCUCGCCCAACGGUAUCAGCAGCCGGUUCAGGCUGCCCACCACACCCAGCAGAAAGGCCAAAAAGUUGGAAUUCAACACGGCCGUGUUGCUGCCGUUCACCAGCAGCAGAUACCUGCGCAACAAGCGCAUCAGGGCCAGCAAGCUAUGUCCCAGCAGAUGCACAUGGCUCGCCGCUCAACGGCAGCGAGCAACGUGAACCAUAUCUCAGUCAUGAGGGGCGCAAACAUUCACAAUGGGCAGUUGUACCCGGCCGGACUUGGGCUCCCGGCUAGCGCAAUGCAAUCAGCGAAUAUACAAUACCCACCUUCGUACACGAGCACAGGCCUUUUCGAUCCGCUGAAUUUGAACCCUGCUGGCAUUCCUCUCAGCUCUGUGGGCGUAUCUCAACCGGCAACCAAUCAAGCUGUCAAUGUCGCACGCGACCUGGAACGCCAAGGGCAGAAUUCGCAAUUACCUCAAGGGGUUGCCCGGUCCGGGGUUCAUGUCCAUGAACGGAAUGGAGUGACAGCUCAAGAUAUUCAAAGUUACGCGGAUCAGGGCCAAGCGCAACUACUGCAUCGCCCAGGCGGCCAUUCCACUCCACAGGACUUUCAGGACCAGGCUGUCUCACAACAUCACGUGCAGACAGGUCUGUAUCAACCUGUGGAACAGCAACAGAAUACUCCACAUCUCAUUUUGAAUCAGGGUACGGGACUUGCUCCCCCACAAGGUUCAGUCGUGGUUCACACUCAACCUUCGCAAAUCCCUCAGGCUUCAGCUGCAGCAGAUGAUCAAUUGAACCAGCAGGUAUAUCAAAACUCCGCGCAAAAUCAACUACCUGGGGUUGCAGCAGGUGAUGGACAGCAAGUUGGAGAUCUUUCGAGUCGCAAAGCUGCUGUGCCGACAACACAACAGGAGUUGCUGCAGUGGCAUGGCAGUGGCCCCAACUCCAGAGCUGUUAACAACGGAUUAUCACAACAACCAAAUGGAGUAGCGACUGGCACGGUUUCUGGUCCGAUCAUCACCCAGUCUCAUCUGCUAGACAUGGGCGUGCCAAACGCGCGCCAUCCGCGCCAGAACAGCAUUGCACAAAUCUCGCAACUCACGGGUAUUCAAGCGACGUCAGAUCAACGCAAUGGCAGCCAGAAGCGGCAAUUACCAGCAUCUGGUGAUGAGGGAUCUCCGCGUAAGCGAAGACAGCUUGGACCAGGUACGCCUUCGCCGCUGGAGUCUUCGCGAACAUACCCUUGUUCUGGAUGCGGUCAAGACUUCGCUCGGAAGAGGGAUCGCGAUAAUCAUGUACGGACAGUGCACGAGCGAUCGUUCAGAUGCUCUAAAUGCGAGUCCAGAUUCAAGACGAAGAGUGACGCAAACAGGCAUGUGCGGAUUGUCCACGACCGCGUGCGGCCGUACCAGUGCCCGUCAUGCCCCAGCAUGUUUUCGGAGAGGAACAAGCUACGAAGGCACAAGGAAACCGUUCACGAAAAGCGCAGGCCAUUUGUUUGUCCAGUAUGUUCAUCCCGAUUUGGGGAGCUGGGAAACCUUCGACAGCACACUGGGUCCCUACAUCCAGAGUACCAGUCUGGUUCAGGGUCCAACCCCGGCCGCUCCAGGGUCAAUCACCAAGUACAAUCAUAG